CGCCGGUUGAUGGCGAGGAUGCCUUCACGCGAGAAACGCGUAUUUCUAUAAUGAUGGAUGAAAUAUUGCAGCCGGCAUCCGUGCUGUCGCCCGCCCGGAGAGCCUCCCCACGCUGGCCGCUCUCCAGGUGUCAGAGCAGACGCUGGAUUUGAUCCAGUAGAAGGGGACGUCUCCCGCCCCUGCUGCUGGACCGGGCCUCGUCCAGCUGAUCCCAGUGUGUACAUGAAUUCGGUCCAGCCUGUCUCACGUGCCCAGCUCCCUGUUUUCGGGUCAGCUUUCCGUAUUCUGGCUGGAUCGCGCUCCAAAGCUGUGCAGCUGAGGCUGAGGGGACCACAAGCUGCAGCCACUGCACCAUCGUCGCCAUGGAGACGCAGGGUUCUCCUCGUCCAGGCCCAGAUGCUCAGCUGUGUCUGAGGGGAAGCAGUCAGGACAGUGACCUUGGUCCACAGACGGGAUGAGCGGGGGAGUGGAGCAGGCCGACAUCCUAAGCGUGCUCUCUCUGGUCAAGGAACGAUGGAAAGUGGUGAAAAAGAUUGGGGGUGGAGGGUUUGGGGAGAUCUACGAGGCGGUGGACCUGCUGACCAGAGUCAGCGUGGCGCUGAAGGUGGAAUCGGCUCAGCAGCCCAAACAAGUGCUCAAGAUGGAGGUCGCUGUGCUCAAGAAGCUCCAGGGAAAAGACCACGUGUGUCGCUUUGUGGGAUGCGGCCGCAACGACCGCUUCAACUACGUGGUGAUGGAGCUGCAGGGCCGUAACCUGGCAGACCUGAGGCGGAGUAUGACCCGAGGAACCUUCAGCAUCAGCACCACCCUGCGACUCGGUCGCCAGAUCCUGGAGGCCAUAGAGAGCAUCCACUCGGUCGGCUUCCUGCACCGUGAUAUUAAACCGUCUAAUUUUGCCAUGGGACGCUUCCCCAGUACGUGUCGCACCUGCUACAUGCUGGACUUCGGUUUAGCUCGGCAGUUCACCAACUCUUGCCAGGAGGUCCGACCUCCUCGUCCGGUGGCGGGGUUCAGGGGAACGGUCCGCUAUGCAUCCGUCAACGCACACAAGAAUAAGGAGAUGGGUCGCCAUGACGACCUGUGGUCUCUCUUCUACAUGCUGGUGGAGUUUCUGGUCGGCCAGUUACCGUGGAGGAAGAUCAAGGACAAAGAACAUGUGGGGAAGCUGAAGGAGACUUACGACCAUCGUUUGAUGCUCAAACAUCUGCCGGCAGAGUUUGGAGUAUUUUUGGAACAUAUCUCUAAUCUUGACUAUUUCACUAAGCCUGACUACCAGCUGCUGAUGUCAGUGUUCGACAACAGCAUGAAAACGUACAACGUCGUGGAGAAUGACCCUUACGACUGGGAGCGCACCGGCACAGAUGGCACCUUGACAAUCAGCGCCAGCGUCACAACACCCCAGCAUCACACCCGCCUCACCCCGGCGCACAUGGGCAUGGCGAACGCUUCGCUCAUCCCCGGAGACCUGCUGAGGGAGAACACAGAUGAGGUUCUGCAGGAUGAGCAGCUGAGCGACGUGGAGAACAACCCCGUGCCCGAGCGGCUGCCGGGCUCUCCCCUGCACCCGCACCGCAACCAGGAGGCCGACGUCUGGGAGGAGCUGGACCGCAACCGCAACCGCAUCAGGACGGCGGCCUGGAAGGCGGGGACGGAGGAGGAGCACAGCAACAACCAGGGUAAUCAAGGGCACCAGAGCCCGUAUGCCGGGCCAAGUUUGGGUUCCCCGGUCAAACUGCACUCUGAGGUGAUGGCUUCAGACCGGGAUGGCCCCCUGCUGAGGAAGCUUCGCAACAUCCACAGCUUCGAGCUGGAGAGGAGGCUCGGCCUUGAGUCCAAGCCCAGUCCAGAGCGCUUCGCCGAGACCUGCUCGACGAAGCAUCCGUCUGGCACCAAGCACCAGGAGAAGGAGACUAACGGAGCAGCAAUCAUCUCGGUAACUCAGGGUCAAGCGACACCCGCCGGGCAGCGUCCCGACAGGGUCUGGCACUAUGACGAAGAGUUCCUGUCAGGCGGCGGCUCUCCUAAACCCGCCUCACCCGGGUCUCAGGAGCAGGGAGAGGGGGCAGCCAGCAGCGGGGGCUUCGUGGCCCUCAAUUUGAGCUCCGGGAGACAGGACGUGGACUUGAGGGAGUGGGUAAUGGUGGAGCGGCCCAGUGGCUCGCCAGGGAACUCGGAGGAGGACGAGGAGCCGGAGGUGCUCCAGCCGGAGGAGCAGUCGCCCGGGUGGGAAAAGUGCAGCCCGAGCCCCAGCUCUGGCAAAACCAGACAGGAAAGCACGGCUUCCUCCAAGGGCAGCGCUAAAGCGGACAAGCUGGAGCUUAGCGUGGGCCCCGCGGGGGCUCUGCCUCCUGUCACUCCCACCAGCCCGGCGGAGGCGCUGGCCGAGGGGGUCCUCACGCAGUUCCCCACCUCUCCUCCGUCCCUGCCUGAGGAGGUCGUGGCCCGGACGUGCAGCCCCGCCCCUCUGCGCUCCCCCAGCCCUCACGCCCUCCUCACCACCCUGUCGGACCCGCUGCACCAGCGCCGGCCGGCGGGCAUCCGGCGCAGCCAGUCCGCCGACCAGCAGCGGGAGCGCCCCUGCUCCUCCUCCUCCUCCUCCUGCCACGCCUCCCUCCCACCACCACCACCACCACCAAACCUUGCCCCCGGCACCCGCUCGCCCGGUCGCAGGAAACUGCCGGCCAUCCCGGCGGGCGCUGCCAACGCCAAGUUCCCCUCUGUCAUACGCAUCACGCGGGCCCAGCUCCAGCAGCUGACCGCUCAGCGCCCCUCUGGGCUCUCCUCCCAGUCAGGAUCAGACAGUGUUCCACAGUGCCUCCUGCUGGAGAGGCGUGGGGAGGCUGAUGCUGACCCUCAGCAGGUCCAGGAGCACAUUGUGGACAUCAGCUCGCCUCAAGACAGUGUGCCCAACCACCACCAUGCAGGGACACCCACAGACCCUCUGGCUGAGAUGUUGGUCAAUGGAGACAACCACACCAAAGCCCCAAGCCCCGUGCCAAGCCGCGUGUCCUCCCCACGCUCCCCCCAGUCGCCUCGCUCCCCGCCUCCUCGCUCGCCCUCCUCUCCGCGCUCUCCUCGUUCCCCACGCAGCCCCGUUUUUGCCAACGGCCACUUCUCCCCCCCUGUUAGCAACCAAAGGGAUUUAACUGGUGAAACUUUCAACAGGCUAAAAGACCCUGUGAAUGACUCUGCCCCCGCCGCCGGUGCAAUAGAGCCUCGUCCAAAAGAGGAGGUGAAUGGAGAUGGGAAUCAGGCUCCGGAUCAUAAUAGGGGCCCGGCCCCCUUCUCCACGGCUGCUCCCCGCAAGGACCCCAGCCGCAGGCAAAGUCGCAUCCCCGUGCCGGAACCCUCCACUCUCCUGGAGCUCCCGCCUCCCGGGUCUGCCAAGGAGAAACUCCUGCAGAAGAAAGCCAGCCACCCGGGCCCCGUCCCCUCCCCCACCGCCUCGCCAUCCCUCUCCGACAGGCGCGGCCACGUGGUGGCUUCCCUCGCCAGGGACCCGCUGUCCUCGGCCUCCGACCGCUCCCAGGAUGAGGACUCCCUCAUGGGCUCCCGUUCGGACCGCCAGGGAGACGACGCGCCGUCCCUGUCCUCGUCCUCCAGCCCUCUGUCCCGCAAGAGCAGGAUCCCCCGGCCCGUUCACGCGGCCUCCUCCGCGGAGCAGCUAGCUGCCCAAUUCAUGCCGCGACCGCCCCCCGGAAGGCCGCCAUGCCGCCCCACCGUGGAGGGCAGGCUUAGGCGUUACCGCAUCCGCGCCGGCAGCACCAGUGACUCCGACCUCCUGACCUGCCUGGCCCAGCUGAUGCACGGCUCCCGCGGCUCCCCCCUUCACCACCGCUCCUCGCCGCAGCGCGGGGGCUCCAGGGCGGGCGUCUGCAGCCUGACGAGCUCGCCGCACCACCACCGCAGCUCCAGCGCCUCGCCGCGCAGCUCCUCGUCCCUGCAGCGCUCCGUCAGCUCCUCGCCCUCCCGCCACGAGCACCGCGGGGGGGGAGGGGCGGGCUGCCUGGGCCGCAGCCGCUCGCCCCCCAGCUUCUCUGGCUCGCCGCCCCCCCGCCGCUUCUACCCCCACUACCAGGAGACCUGCUGCAGCCGGCAGGCCCGCACGCCUCCCUUCCACCUGUCCAGGGGAAAGGGAUGCAGCCGCGAGGGCAAGUGCUCCAGCAAACUGAGCAGAUAGUUGCCCCACAGAGGAUGACGGUACAUGACGAUGCGAUACAUCAGUCAGGUCAAAAGCCUGAGUCUUCAUUUAGAAAAUCUGGUUUCCUUGUUUUGUGUCAGUCUGAGCCCUACACACCCUCUGUACUCCAAUAAUUAAACACAUGUCCAGUUAUAAAGAUGUACUCCUGUGAUUUAGGUUUUUCUUUUUAUAGAGUUGUGAAAGUUUUGUGUUCAAACAUUGUGCAGCAGAGGCUCGGGUAUCUCUCGCCCAGCAUACCCUCACUCACCCACUUCCUGUUGGACUGCUGCUUUAUAUUAGAUUUUUGAACAAAUGUCAUGGACAUGAGUGGGGGCCACAUUUUAUAUUCCUUAACAUGUGGUUAGACUAAACGGCGUAGCUGCAAAAUGAACAUUGCUUUCCAGAUGCAGGAAGUAUUACAAUACAUAAUCAAUAGCCAGUUAAGCCAGUGGGCACAUAAAUAAAUCAGAGUCCUGUUUAUUCAACUUGAAGCCUUCGUGCGUGACAGUAUAAGGUAACCCUGCCACCCACCCACUGUUAAUGCACUUCGAUUAUACUGUUCCCGUAUCAGUACUGCUAAGAUUCCAGCUUGAUUACACGUUGGUUUGGGGCUGACUCUGUUAUCUCCUCUGCAUUUAUGGAUUGCAGGGAAUAAUAUUUACGCUGUGCUAUAAGUGAAUGCAGAAAGCCAGAAGCUGUAUACAGUUGUAUUUAUUGAAAUAUUUAUUUUACGAUGUUUAGCAAUGCUAAUGACUCCCACCCUCUCCUGUGUGGUCGUGGAUGUGUGGUUUUGUGUCACUCACUCACCUUGGUUGUAAAUAUUGAACAGAAGGUAUCACACUGACGUGAUCCUUUUAUACAAUCAAUCAUGUAAAGUGUGUGAGGACACACACCUUUCUGUGCCUACUGUGUUGCGAGGAGGGGAUCGAAGCGUCAAACCAAGCGAAGGAACUACAAAGUAGUAGAACUAGAUGUGAGGGCAUUAAUGGAACACGUGUUUCGCGUAGUAGUUGAAGUAGUAGCUUAUGCCGCAGAAACACAGGGUGCACUGCUGGUGCCUUGGCACUUGGGGCAGCUUGAGGAUUCUCUCUGACUUGUUUCUAACCAGACUCGUGCCAGCGGUUAAAAGACGACCCUUUUCACCAGUAUUCCUUUAUGUAGAAAAGGUAGCAACACAAAUAUUAGUCUGUUUGAGCAGCAGUUUACUGGUCUAAGUAGCUGUUACUUAUGAUCAAUAAUGGAAAUAUUUCGAGUUAAAUGCAUUGUAGCUGUCCAGAUUCUACCAGGUCAGUGUUUGGGGAAAAAUAUAUUAAUACAAGUGAAAUUCAGACCUCAAAUAAUAUUUUAGUUAAUAUAACUGACAAUGGAGGCCAUAUGUACUGUACAUAUAUUUCUCACACCAAAUUUACAUUCAAUGCCAUCAUGUGCAAGAAUGUUGUGUUCGGUUUUUACGCGUCAGAGAAUAUCUUUUGUACAACGACGUAAGUUAUGUUUGUGCACAAGGCAAAAAAACAAUGAAAAAUGUUUGGUAGGUAUUGUUUGUGUUUCAUUUAGUUUUAGGAUUUCUUACUAAAACCUCUUCAUGCUGCUCUGCUUGUAAGAUACUGCUUCCUUCCAGUGCUACUCUCUGCAUGUUCAACAAAAAGGAAAAAUAAGAAAAACACUGAAAUCACCUACUGAGAAAAAACACUGCUUCCCAUCACACUGCAUUUAUCUUGUAUUGUACGGUUCUAACUGAGCAGGGAUUCACUACCUGCUACAAACCUAAUUUCUAUGACUAUAUAUAUCUAAUAUUCAAUUUUAAGCUCCAGCCUGAUGUAUGACUCUAGUUUUCUGCGCUACCUGCACUGACUUGGUAUGAUUGUGUUCCUGGGUAAUUAAAUAUUGUAUUUUUGUCAGCGCUACUUGCUGAUAGGACGCACAACAUAAUUACCAGCCUAAUUAAAGCAGAAUCGACUGUGCUUUGUGUUUGAAGCACGCAUGAGUUGAAAGACUAACGGCAGCUGGCGCACAUAUGAAGUAACAAGCAAUUUGCAUCACGAGGCCAAAAGCUUUCAUAAAUUCUGCGUAUGUGACGAGAGCAUGGCAGCGUGUAGGGACUGAAUGGGCGCUCUGCAUCGUUGUGUAGAUGUGCCGUUACAUUUGACUCGUACAGCUAUGAUGACUCUUCCUGAAGGCAGACAGUGUUCAGUCAGUCAGCCGCCUUAAUGUCUCUUCUCUGCCCCUCUGUGCGUAGCGAGGGAUGACUGAGCCUUGUCUGUGUUGGAGAUCAUUCCACUAUUAGGCCCAAGCCUGUCACUUAUCUCUUGUCUGUAAAUUGUACAGUGUGUGCAACCAUGCCUGUCGCUACUAAAAUGAGUGCUGUCCGACUCUUGGGCUCACGAAGCUUUUACUGGAGAGCUGCCUGUUUAUCUGCGAGAAUGCAUGGGCCGUUUAUUGAUCGACUGGUGGAAGCGAAGAGAUUUCAAGUUGCAGUAUUUAAGGUGUUUGUUUUGAUAAAUGAAGCCCCUGAAACAGAGGUGUGCAAUUUCUACAUAAUGCUCACAGUCAAUCUUCAAAUUCUCUCUCUUUCAGGCUCACAUUUCAAGAUAUUCUUAAUUUUAAAGUUAAGAACAAGGUUGUGAAUACGAAUGAUUUUAUAAUUAAUAUAUACCUGUAAAAGAUUCAAAGCAAUUAUUUAAAUCAUUACUGUAAAAACAUGAAUAACAUACUAACAGUGGGAGGAAGGAAUUGACACUAAACAGUGCUGCUGGUUUUGAAAGAUAAUCAAGUUUCUCCUUGUAUUUAUUUUUAAAUAAUUAUUGCACAUACGUGGUGUGUAGUUGUAGUUCUAGUGUCCUUAUGGAUGAGUUUUUCUUUUUAAAGUAACCUGCUGUUACAAAGGUGUCAUUUUAAGGUAACUGCUGGUGUUUCUGCUUACACGUACCCACAGACUAACCAGCACAAACCCAGCUGAUUUAUCUUGAAAGCCAAGAUGAAAGCUAAUGAAAAGCAUUCGUGUGCACUGGUACACUUCUCAUGUCAUGUGUAUUACUUGUUAACAACAUAUAAAUACUUGAGAAAAGUAAUUUAUUGUAACAUUUGCUAAGUUGCCCAUUUGUUGUUUUGACUUCAAUUAUUGGAAUUUUUUAAUGGUUGGUAAUUUUUAGUGUUGUCACGGCUUUGAAACGUAAUUGUACAGUUUCAUGGAAAGAAUGUAACAACUGGAAGUUUUGCAUUGUAUAUAACUGUAAUUAUUUACGUUUAUUCUAUCAUUUGUAUCAUAUCAAUGCCUUGUACAGUGUUUUUUCUUUGCUUUGUUUUAAAAUUAUUUUGUAUUUUAUUUUUAUAAACUGGUUAUAAAUAAAAUACUCAUUCCGCAUGCAGACAA